CAACAACAACAACAACAACAACAACAUUUUACUAAGUGAAGCAUUAUAAUAAAAAGUGAAAGCCAGUAAAAUAGUCUGAAGAAUGAUGCUGAGUCAGUGGGAGAAUGGACAGAAAGCUAAAAACUGAUUGAAUGGAAUCAAGUGGGAGCAAAAUGGAAAUGGCCAUUAAACACAAAAAAAACCAAUGUAUAUUUAGAUUGAAAACUGCUUUUGGAACAUAAAAAGUUCCUUCAGGAACAUAAAAUGCAUUAUGCGACAUUUGGUUUGGCUUAACAUUAGCAUGUUUGAUUUACUGAAAGAACAGCUUAUUCAAAAAACUAUUACAAAGAUCUUUAAAUCUUUUCUAAAACAAAUGAAAGUACAAGGAAAGGUUUUGUUUUUACCAGUUUAUGAGAAAUAAGCAAAAAAGACAAAUAAAUGGAAAAGAAACCAUCAGCUUCAGUAAAAAAAAAGAAGAAGAUAUUUUGUCUCCCAGAAUGUCCAUAAUGCUAAGGAGACAUACAUGAGUUAUAAUUAUAUGGGAUAUAAUACACAAUAUUGCCUACAAAUCUACCUGCUAUAUAGUUUUUAAAAAUAAUGUGAGGGAAAUAAAAAUAUGAGCAACUUUUAAAAUAUUUUAUUUUUUAUCUUGCUUUGUGUGUCUGUUUUUAAAAAAUGAAUUGUGAUGUUGUGAAUAGUUACAGAAAGGGUAAGGAGAAAAAGGCUUGGGAUUAAAGAUAGGCAGUUACUCUAGAUUUCAAAUGACAAGGAGAUAGUAAAGUCAAUAUAUUGGACAAGUACAUAUAACUGUAGGUCUUAUCAGAGAGGAAGGGGUCUGGGGAGAAGGCAAAUACGAGUAUUUUGUUGUUAUGUGUUAUGUUAGAUUGACUCUUACUCAAAGUGACUAUCUCAUGGGGUAUUCUUGGAAAUAUAUAUUUAAAGAUCUCUAAAGCUGGGAGACUUGCCCAAGACAUCCAGUGGAUUUCCAUGGCUUAACAGGGCUAUAACCCCCCCCCCCAUUCCCCCCAAAGUUUUAGUCCAACACUCAGAACAUUGCACCACACUGGAUGUGUUACCAAAAGCCAUAUGGAUUCUUAAAGACACCCAAGAAGAGAGAAUAUAAAAACAGGAUAAACAGAGAUUUAAGAGGAGCUUUCACAGAGGAAAUGUGGAAUGGUGAGACUGUAAGAAGGAAACAGGACCAUGUAAGAGAGAAAGAAGAGGAGUAAUAGGGUCAUCCAUUAAAGAUAGCAGACAGGUAAAUAGGGAAAAGUUGAGACCUGGUAGUGAGAUUAACUUUGACGAAGGCAGCUUCACUGGAAAGCAGAAGCUGGAUCCUUGGAAUGCCAAGGUUUGAAAGAAUCUGGAGCAAUGGUUAUUGUGCUCUGAGGGGAAAGAAACAUGAUUGGACAAGAGUUUUGAAGGUGGGAACUGGCCAAGAACAGCAUCUUUAGUUUUCAGGCAUGACUGUGAUAGUGAAAUGUUGGAAUGCUGUUGAGAAGGUGGUAGAGAUGCAAUAUUGUUGAUAUGGCCAAAAUGGAGAACAAUUGGAUUUGUGGAAUAAAGAUUGCAUCUAGAAAGUUGGAUAGAAACAGCAUAGAAAUCAUAGAAACAUAGAAUUGGAAGGCCAUCUGUUCCAACCACCUGACAUGCAGGAAUAUACAGUCAAAGCACAUGGUGAUCAUAUCAUAAUGAAAGAAGUAGGGAAAGGAAGGAUAAGGUGGGGAAGGAAGGAAUUCUGGAAGAUUACUUCAAUUUUGUCUUUAAGGGGAGUGAUGUCCUGGGUAAAAAUGAGGAGAGGACUCAGCAAGGCACAUCUUGGUAUAACAUCAAAAAUAGAUGUUUUGUGGAUCACUGAAAUCAAUAAUGGUGAAAGCAGUGUAGUAAUGUUGCUUAGCCAGUAAUAAAAGAGAUGAAAUGGUAAAAAGAGGAAGACGUCAAAGUGAGCAAAAUUCAGAUCUUUUAUUUUUCUGAAAAUGUACUUAGUUAGAUGGAGUCAGUAGGGUAAAUGUUUUUAUGGGAAACUAGAGAAAACUAGUAGAGAUUUGUGGAUGAGGAGAUGCUGAAGGUGAAAACAAGAGUAUAAAACAGAUUUGCCUAACUAAAUUUCCUGAAAGCUCUCCAGAUGUUUCGGCUUGCAACUUCCACCAGUUAAUAUGAUCAGUAGUAAGGAAUCACUGGACUGAAACCCAAAACAUCUGGAAGGCAUCUGGUUGAGGAAGCUGGCUUAGAACAUGAUCACAAGUGACAGGUGAAAUAAAAGGAAAAUCUUUGGGCAAGACUGCUGUUAUAGCAUUAGACUGUAGGUUAUGAUCAGAGUUGAGGUCUACAGAAAUGGAUUAUGUGUGUGUUGGGAUAGAGUGGGGAGUCAGUUGUAGAAAGAGACAGCUUUCAGAUAAUGAAAGAGUGGCAAGUCUUAGUGGAAUGAGUCCAAAGUUUCAGGACAAAGCAGGAGUUUAGUGAGAGCAGCUGGUAGUUAGUUGGAUUGGUGAUGCACUGAAUUCAUCAAGGAGCAACUCUAAAAUAUUAGGACUUUACCAGGCAAUUUUCCUCCUUCGUUUUCAAAGACGGACUCCCACAGAGCCCAUUAAACAAUGCAGGAUUGCUUCCAGUGGUUGCUCAUGGGUCUUCAUCUUCCCAGUGUCUAGAAGUGGGAGGAUUUCAAAGCCAGGCACUCUAGAGGGAGACCAGAACAUUGAAAGGAGUGUUAAAAGUGGAGGGAAGAUUCCUUUGAAAAGAGUGUUAAAAGUGGAGGGAUUCAAAAGUGGGAAAGAUCACGGGAAAGGGUGUUGAAAUUGUGUUGGUCUACUCAAGAGGAAUAAUUCAAAGAGAAUGGGAUCAUCCCAUUGAAAAGUGUGUUUUAAAACUGUGACAUGGGAGGAAACAUUGCCAGGUCAUGUGAUGGGAAAUUAAGUGAACGGCUGAGCUAGAAAUGGGAGGAAGCAAUCCUGUGUGAUGGAGGUCCAUAAAUUCUCUGUCUUCUUUAAAAACAGAACUCCAUGAAACACCAUGCAAAAAAAGAAGAUUCCCCCUGAUUUCCCCUCAAAUAGAAUGAGGUCCCCAAGAGAGGGCAAAGGCAAACUAUGUGUCAAGGCUAUUGUUCUAUACAAAGAACUAGUGGGGAUGAAGGAGUGACAAUGCAGUGAGCCCUCCACGUCUGUGGUUUAACUUUAGCAAUUUCUAGGCAGAUAUGAUUAAUAUGGACUCAAGGAAUGUCUAGGUCCUCCAGUCUGAUUCUAUGGCCAACUUCCACCAUAUCCCUUCCCCACAGAUUAACCAUAAAGUCAUGCUGAAAUAUGUAGACAUUCCUAAAAAGAACACCUGAUAGGAAUCACUAGGUCCUCCAGCACCACUCUAUGGUCAACUUCUGAAGGAUCUAGAGACUCGUAGAGAAGUAUUUGCUCAGGUAAAAAAAAACAACUGGCUUUUAUUUGCUUUUUUCCACUUUUGCAGUGUCCUGCACCCCUAUUUAUUAUCAUUUAUUUACUUCAUUUCUACCCCACCUUUCUCACCCGAUGGGACUCAAGGCACCCCUAACUUCAAGGAACAUGGAAGGCUGACUGUACAGCAAUAUGGCAGUGCAAGAGGAGGCACAGACAUCUAUACAAAUAACUUGCUUGUAUGGGAAGAAGUCAGAGGCUGGAAUUCACAAUCGGUCUAGUGGGUGGGUGGGCUGCCAGUUGUACCUCUGUGGGUAUUAGCACUAGAUAUUUGAAAUGAAAAGGCCUGAAUGUGGGGGUACCACUGUUACCUUCACAGUGGGGUCAAUAUUCAAGGAGGGAGGCAGGUGUUAGUUGGGCCAGGAGGGAGCAUUUAAGGAAGGGCUUAUGGAGUUAGUGUGUGCCAACUUGAGAGUGAGGAAGUAGGAAGAAAGGAAAGGAAAGGAAAGGAAAGGAAAGGAAAGGAAAGGAAAGGAAAGGAAAGGAAAGGAAAGGAGGGGGCAGUGGGAGGCAGUGAUUGGGGAUGAGAAUCGGAGAGAGAGAGAGGAUAGGUGGAUGUCACAGUGCUAGAGGGGAAAAGCUGUAAGUUGAGGAGAAGAAUAGAAGAGCUGGAUCAGUUAGAAGCUGCAGAGAGCUUGGAUGAGAAGUGGAAGAGCAAUAGGGCAGAGAGUGAUUAUCCCAACAUGCAUUUCAUUGGAUGGAGUAGUUGGAUACCAGAUGGAUUCCACACUGUCUAAAUUAUCAAGGUCAGUAACCCAUAGUCUGACUCUUUCAUGUUUUCCAUAUUCAUUUCUGUCUUUUGAGAAAAACAGUUUCUGCCUUUAGCUGUUUUAAGGCAUAGUAUGACUGAUGUUUCUUGAUUUCGUGAGCAUGUGUUAAGCAUUUUCUUGUGAGCGGGGGGAAAAAUACCAACAACCUCAGUCAAUACAUCACUAUUUUCAUUUUAAUAACAUCCUUCGAUAAUAAACCUCAGUGUAGAUAUUAGCUAUGAAUGCUCCUCUGUCACUGAGGAAAACCCAGAGCUAAUUUUAACGCUCAAACAGUUUAGGAAGAUGAUUCUUCAUUCUGUGUGGUUUGGAGCUACAGUAUAUCUAUAGUCAUUUCAUAAUCAUCUGUCUUUGCUUGAAUUUGAUCGUAGGAGCUGAUUCCAUGUAUUGAUAAUGAAGCCUUAAGGUUGUCUAUUUCUCAGCAAAAAUCCACCUCAAAAGACCUUCUACUUUGACACUGCCUGUGUGUGUGUGUGUUUCUAUACAAAUGAGUGGUUGGAACUGAAAUUGCUCUGCUUUCUUUACAAAUGACUCAGUGUGCUUGUCCUUCCCUAAAAUGCUGCCAGCGUGUAAAGGAUUUUCAAUGAGCAGUGCAAAUAAGCCAGCAGUGGAGAAGGUUUGAAGCUGCACUGGUAUAACAGUUUACUCUCACACGGAUGAUCAGGGCUGGAAAGCCAGAUCUCUGUACCUCUUUCUGGUCACAUCUGGAAGUUUUGUAUUUCUAUCCUGGUUUCUUUAAUAAGCUGCUACUGUCAUAAUGUGGAGUGGACUUCCUAGCAGAGGCAGCACUUGCCAUACUACUACACUUCCUAUUGUCCGAACACCAACGCUGAUGAUGCAACCCUCUUUGGAUAUCAAACCAUUUAUGCCUUUCCCAAUGGAUGGCAGUUCUACUGUUGGACUCUUCCCAAAUUUUAACACUAUGGAUCCAGUGCAAAAAGCAGUUAUAAACCAUACAUUUGGCGUGUCACUCCCACCUAAGAAGAAACAAGUCAUUUCUUGUAACGUUUGUCAACUUCGCUUUAAUUCUGAUAGCCAGGCCGAGGCCCACUACAAAGGAAGUAAACAUGCCAAGAAGGUCAAAGCAUUAGAAGCAACGAAAAAUAAACCAAAAGCUGGUGCUUCCAAGGACAGCGCAAAGGCUAAUGUGAAUGGCUCUACUACUUCGGUCGUGACCAUCAUCACUGACAAAUCAGAAAGCAGGACAAACCUGAAAGCAAAUGGUUCUAGCGAGCUUCCCAAUGCUGAAGUUGCCUCCUUUAUAUCUGAAUCCACAACUACAACCGCUGUCGCCAUCACCACAGUGACACCAGCACUCUCGGUUCCUUCCAAUCGCACAAAUGGAAUCACAAAUGCCAUUUCUGAAUCAGAAGAGGAAAAAGCCAAAAAAUUGCUUUACUGCUCUUUAUGCAAAGUGGCUGUGAACUCCCUAUCACAGCUAGAAGCGCAUAACACAGGUUCCAAGCACAAGACCAUGGUUGAAGCUCGGAAUGGUGCCGGUCCCAUUAAGUCUUAUCCUCGGCCUGGAUCCAGACUGAAGACCCAUGCCACUACUACAGGUUCAGGAUUGCAGAACAAAACCUUUCAUUGUGAAAUCUGUGAUGUGCAUGUCAAUUCUGAAAUUCAGCUGAAGCAGCACAUUUCCAGCAGAAGACACAAGGACAAGGUGGCAGGGAAGCCCACAAAACCGAAAUAUAGCCCUUAUAACAAACUACAGCGUAGCCCAAGUAUUCUAGCAGCUAAACUUGCAUUCCAAAAAGAUAUGAUUAAGCCUUUGGCGCCCGCUUUCCUUUCAUCUCCUCUUGCGGCCGCGGCUGCUGCGGUAUCCUCGACCUUGACUCUUCCAGGCCGCCCUUCGGCAGCUUUGUUCCAGGCCCCUGCGAUCCCCACGGCUCUCCUACGGGCAGGGCAUGGCCCUCUCCGAGCCACCCCAGCGUCCAUCCUGUUCGCACCCUACUGAUGUUUGUUCUCAACAACAUGUAGACUAUGGCCAUUUGGAAGAGAAACAAAAGAAAAGCUUUCUGUCAUGCCUAGUUACAGCCUAAGUAAGGCAGGUUGUGGAAGUCUUCAUUGAUGGAAUGUUGCCUUUUGGGCUUUUUUCUAAAACAACAAUAGCAACUCAGAUCAAUGGAAUGGACUAUGGAAAAUCAUUUGUGCACAAAAUAUAUAAAGGAUUCAUAGGUUUCUUUCUUGAUUUUUUAAAUGAGACAUGUCCUGCAUUGUAAACAACGAAUGUGGAAUACUUUCCUGUCUGACUUGAAAACCAGGAUCUUCCUCCUUUGUGUGGAUGUACCUAGGCCUCCAGGAACCAUCUGGACUGAUUCUGGUGUGCAACAAAGCUAGGCAAAACAAGGUUUAGAUUCCUGAGAACAUCUCAAAAACAGACGGCAGCUUCUUAUUUCCAGAGUGCUCCUUGCUAGGGACCGUGUCUUGUUUUAGGCCUCCAUACUAGUGUAUCUUGUGUAGUGCUCGAGAUUUCUCUCCCAUUUACUUUUAAACCAUUUUAGUUGCUGUGUAAAUGUUUGGAAACAAAGCAGCCUUGAUUGAAGCUUUUUUUCUUUUUAAAAAAUUAAUGUGUCUCUGUUAAUUUAACAUUUUCUUUAGAAGGAUUCAGAAUAAGAAAGCCAUAUAUUCAAUAGUGAAAAUUAUGACUCAUUUAAAACUGUUGUUUAACUUAUUUUUUCAUUGUUUCUCCUCUCCUGAUUCCCAGUAUUGUUGGACAGCUUGUUGCUAAAGAGAAAUGCUCUAACAUGUAUAUGUUUACCACAGCUCAUGUUCAUUGUUUCUUAAGACAACAGGGCAGUGUAUUUAUUCCUAAAUAUAUAUAUAUAUAUAUAUUUUUGCCAUUUUAAAAUUUCUUUCCUAUAUAAUGAUGCUACAUACAGUUGUGGCUCCCCGAUGCAAUAAUGUAUAGGAGAUGAAGUAUUUAUAAAAUCCAUUGUCUCUUCUGUCGGAUUGAAAUGUUAUUGUUCCGGCUUUCUAUAUCUCCAGGUUUUCCCAAUUCCAAAUCUGGAUAUUGAAGUUCUAUUGUGUUCUGUUUGGAUCAAUGAGGGUACUCUCCAAAAACAUCUUUACCUGCAAUCUGUAAAGAAUAAAAUAUAUGUGUAUUUUUAAAUGCAAAUUUUUAAUAAAAUGAAAUUGAAAAUGG